CCCGGCCCGGCCGCCACCGGCAGCGCCGCCUCCGGGGCCGGGCGGGCGGUACGGGGGCUGACGAGGGCCAAGCCGCGCCCCGGCCCCCGGCGCCGCGCGCGAGCGAGAGCCCCGCCCCCACGCUCCCGCCACGCGGAGGGCCGAGGCCACACCCCCUUCCGCACGACGCACCUCACGCCGGCGCGUGCGGGGGUAACGAGCGCGCCCGUCACCGGCUGCCGGCAACCAUGAUUACUUCCGGUUUCUCUUCCCCCAACCCCCCAGCAGCAGCUCAGGAGGUCAGACCUGCCACUGAUGGUAAUAGCGGCAGCAGCUCCUCCUGCAAGAAGAGAAAGUUAAAUAACAGCAGCAACAGCUCUGAGAGAGAAGAAUUCGAUUCCAUUUCCUCCUGCUCCUCUUCUCCUUCCAAAAACAACUCCUCCUCAUCUUCCUCCAUCAUCACCACCUCCUCCUGCUCCUCCUCAGGGGUUGCCUCCUCCAACCAUCACCUCCAGAAGAAGCUGCGUUUUGAGGACUCCUUGGAUUUUAUUGGACUCGAUGUGAAGAUGGCUGAAGAGUCUUCUUCCUCCUCUUCUCCUGCUGCCUCUUCUCAACAGCAGCACCAACAACAGCUCAAAAAUAAAAGCCUUUUAAUUUCUUCAGUGGCUGUGGGGCACCAUGCAAAUGGCCUGACCAAAGCUGCCUCCUCUACUGUUUCCAGUUUUGCCAACAGUAAACCUGGCUCAGCCAAGAAACUAGUGAUCAAGAACUUUAAAGAUAAACCCAAAUUGCCCGAAAACUACACAGAUGAAACCUGGCAAAAACUGAAAGAAGCUGUAGAAGCUAUCCAGAACAGUACUUCAAUUAAGUACAAUUUAGAGGAGCUCUAUCAGGCUGUUGAAAAUCUCUGCUCCUACAAGAUUUCUGCAAACUUGUAUAAACAAUUGAGACAGAUCUGUGAAGACCACAUUAAAGCACAAAUUCACCAAUUCAGAGAGGAUUCGUUGGAUAGCGUCCUUUUUCUAAAGAAAAUAGACAAAUGUUGGCAAGAUCACUGCAGACAAAUGAUCAUGAUUAGAAGUAUCUUUUUGUUCUUGGAUCGAACUUACGUACUUCAGAAUUCAAUGCUGCCAUCUAUUUGGGAUAUGGGGCUAGAAUUGUUCAGGACUCAUAUAAUUAGUGACCAGAAGGUUCAGAACAAAACUAUUGAUGGCAUUCUUCUGCUGAUUGAGAGGGAAAGAAAUGGUGAGGCUAUUGACAGGAGUUUACUGCGAAGCCUUCUAAGCAUGCUUUCUGACUUGCAGAUUUAUCAAGAUUCUUUCGAACAUAGAUUCUUGGAAGAGACUAACCGUCUGUACGCAGCAGAGGGACAGAGGCUUAUGCAGGAACGAGAGGUUCCAGAAUAUCUUCAUCAUGUCAACAAGCGCUUGGAAGAAGAAGCAGACAGGAUAAUCACUUAUUUAGAUCAGAGCACACAGAAGCCACUAAUUGCUACUGUAGAAAAGCAACUUCUAGGUGAACAUUUAACAGCCAUUCUUCAGAAAGGUUUAAACCAUCUCCUUGAUGAAAACAGAAUUCAAGACCUGUCUCUUCUGUAUCAGUUGUUCAGCCGAGUGAGAGGCGGAGUGCAGGUUCUCUUGCAACACUGGAUUGAAUAUAUAAAGGCAUUUGGUAGCACAAUAGUAAUUAAUCCAGAAAAAGACAAAACUAUGGUCCAAGAACUACUUGACUUUAAAGAUAAAGUUGACCAUAUUAUUGAUGUUUGCUUUCUCAAGAAUGAGAAGUUUGUAAACGCCAUGAAAGAAGCAUUUGAAACAUUCAUUAACAAAAGACCAAAUAAGCCAGCUGAACUCAUAGCUAAAUAUGUAGAUUCAAAGCUUCGGGCAGGCAACAAAGAAGCUACUGAUGAAGAACUUGAAAAAAUGCUGGAUAAAAUCAUGAUCAUAUUUAGAUUCAUAUAUGGAAAAGAUGUGUUUGAGGCCUUUUAUAAGAAAGAUCUAGCAAAGAGGCUACUAGUUGGGAAAAGUGCAUCAGUAGAUGCUGAAAAAUCUAUGCUUUCCAAACUUAAACAUGAAUGUGGAGCUGCUUUCACCAGCAAACUUGAAGGAAUGUUUAAAGAUAUGGAGCUUUCAAAAGACAUAAUGAUACAGUUUAAACAGUAUAUGCAAAAUCAGAAUGUACCCGGAAACAUUGAACUCACAGUGAAUAUACUGACUAUGGGUUAUUGGCCAACCUAUGUGCCUAUGGAGGUCCAUCUGCCCCCAGAGAUGGUAAAACUGCAGGAGAUUUUCAAGACCUUUUAUUUAGGAAAACACAGUGGUAGGAAACUUCAGUGGCAGUCAACACUAGGACACUGUGUACUAAAAGCAGAAUUUAAAGAGGGCAAAAAAGAGCUUCAGGUCUCCUUGUUCCAGACACUGGUGCUGCUCAUGUUUAAUGAAGGAGAGGAGUUCAGUUUAGAGGAGAUAAAGCAAGCCACUGGGAUAGAGGAUGGAGAGCUGAGAAGAACUCUUCAAUCUCUGGCUUGUGGAAAAGCCAGAGUACUGACUAAAAGUCCCAAAGGCAAAGAUGUGGAAGAUGGUGAUAAGUUCACAUGCAAUGAUGACUUCAGACAUAAACUCUUCAGGAUAAAGAUCAACCAAAUUCAGAUGAAAGAAACGGUAGAGGAACAGGCAAGCACUACAGAGAGAGUAUUCCAGGACCGGCAGUACCAGAUUGAUGCCGCAAUUGUGCGAAUCAUGAAGAUGCGCAAGACAUUGAGUCAUAACUUGCUUGUGUCAGAGGUUUACAACCAGCUUAAAUUCCCAGUAAAGCCUGCUGACCUUAAGAAGAGAAUAGAAUCCUUAAUUGACAGGGACUACAUGGAAAGAGAUAAAGAGAACCCAAAUCAAUACAACUAUAUUGCAUAAACAUAUGUUGGCCUUUGUUUUACUGCACACUUGGUGUCAUACGCAAUUGCCAGUGGAUAAACUAGCCUGUUGAUCCCAUUAAUUGACUUUUUAUACUACCGAUGACUGAAUGAAAGCAGUGUAAUGGAAAAGUAUAGUAGAGUGGACUUCUUUCAGUGGUUAACAUGCCCAUUUAAAGAGUACUAUUUACAUUUUAAGAAGAAUGCUGUUGAACUCUUUGCAUGUUAUUUAGUAAGAUGUGCAGAAGGCUGCAAGAAAGUACCUGGUCUUCGUGAUUCCAUUUGUCUCUGGGUCUGAAGAGGAGUCCCCUGAUACAUGACAGAUGUCUUUCACACCUUUAAACAGAAACAGAAGGUUACUUAAUAUAAGAAAAUAGCCUUUAAAAUGCUUAAACUGCAUGCAAACUUUUAAUUUACUGUACAGAAUGCAUUUCAGUUAGCAACAUACCAUUGGUUUGGCUGAUACCCACACUUGAAUUUUCCCCUUGAGGGAGGGAAAAUGGGGAAUAAGUUAAGCUAUGCUUAUGAUCUAGUGGAAUAUAUUCUUGGUCACAAUUAAGACAGAAUGGUACCAAUAUAAAAUGAUGUAUAAAGUUUGCAGUGUGGGCAUAUAUAUUAUAUAUACAAACACCAUUCUUAAAUAACUGCUACAACAAAACAGGUUCAGAUUUAUAUUUAUAUGGCUUGCCUAUAAAACUUAGUGUUCACCUUUGGGAAUUUUAAGCAUAAAACAGCCAUAAUGGAAAAAGUGACUUUUUUUACUAGUCAUGGGUAGGAGGCCUUCACCUCUUGGCAGCAAUACUCUACAAAAGAGAAUCUAUUUGAAGAUACUUAUGAAAAGCCACACUGUUCUUUUGGUAAAGCUGUAAGAACAAAAAUUGCAAAUGGAUUUUAAUACUUGUUUUGCUUUGCAACAUUCUAAACUUGAACUAACCUCAAGGUUUAGACAGGGCAGCUCUUAAUAAGACUGCCCUGCUUUGGAUUGCUUUAACUUAAAGCUUUAAGAACUCAGCCCUAGAUGUGGCAGGCCUCCUAGAACCCAAAAGCCUACCUCUCAUAUAGAAAGAUAGUUAAGUAUUGCUACAAGGCAUCUAGAAGCUAUUUCCUUAGAUGACCAGAGAGCAUUCUUUGUAUCUUUAUAAAACAUGGGAGAACAAGUCACUUGAACGUAGAGCUUUGUUUCAAUAGAAUGGAUUUUUAUUGCUAUAGUAGUGUAUGCCAGGAAUAUGGGGGGGAGGGGGAGAAGAUGUAUUAGCAGAAAAUGUAACUCCUCCACAUAAGUUCUUCCUUACCCAGCCAAGCUUUAGACCUACCAUCAGCUGUGUUGCAGAGCACAAUGAAAACCUCAUCCGCUUUCAGGCACUGAUAGUCCUGGGGAAUACCAGAUAUUUCUUGAAAGCAAGAUGUUACUUUUGUUUAAAGGCAGUGUAACUUAACUCCUUACAAUCUAUAACUUUUAUCACUGUGAUCCCAUAUUCAGGGGGGUGUGUGUGUGUGAGAGGGGGAGAGAGUGUGUGUGUGUAUUUAUAUAUAUAUUGUAUCUGAUGUAGCCCAUCCUUACUGCUUUUUUGAUCCACUGUUUAAUUUCAUAUUUACUUCAGCUGUGUUUUAUCUCAAGCUCUUCUAUAUACAGUCCUCAGUUGACAGUUGAAGUAGAAUUCCUACUAAAUUAAUUUUUGCCAUCCUCUAACUGUCAUACAGCUUGUGAAAUGAUCUGUAGAAAAUCUACCUAUCCCUUGACACUAUUGCAGCAUAAUCACUGGUAGACAUCCAGGACCACCCUUGCCUCUGUAAGAAAAAUGCUAACAAUAGAAUUUUGGUAAGAAACUUGGACACUGCUCCUGCAAACAGAGGCAGAUCUUUAAGGAUUAGUUCAAAUAGAGAUCCACUGGGGAGGAAAGAAUUCCUUUUAAAAAAAAAAAAAAAAGCCUUCUGUAUUUUGCAGUCAAUGUUCCUUUUUCUUGUAUGUGUGUUGUACCUUUAGCCAAUAAAAGAUUACUUUUAAAAAGGGGUUUUGGAGAAGGAGCAUAAAACUUAACUCCUUGGGAGGCAGGAGAUGACAAAAAUCAAUACUGAGCUGGUUCCAUUCAGUCUGUUACAGCAAAUAACUUGAAUAUCACCAUGUAUUUAAAAAAUGGUAACAAAGUUUUAAAAAAAAGUAAAGUUAGAAAAAAAAAAAGCAAAAGUAAAAUCCUCCCUUGUUAGACAAGUGUGUUGCAUUCAGUCAAAGUCCAAAGGCUUAUUUAAUUAUCACAUCUAUUCAGUAACUUAAUUGCAGAAACUUUAAUAUAGAAGAUCUUAUCAGACUUCAAGAUCUGAGGCAGAACCUAAGCAUUUUGUUGGCAAUCUAGUUAAAGCAACCCAAAGAAUGGACUUUGAGAAUAUUGGCUAGGUUGAGAGAAGGGGUGAGGGGGGGAGGGAAGAAGGCCUUUUGUUCUUGUAUGUUCAUGGCUUUUCCCCAAGAACUUGUUCAUCUCUUCUGCUAAGGUCUCGCUCAUUCCUGGUUAAUGACAAAGCUGCAGCCAAGAUUAUUGUCCAGCCGUACAACUCUGCAACUCUUUGCUGGGAUCAUGUGCCUGCCUAUUGAGCCAUAUAUAUCUCUAUAUAAAAAAUAAAUAAAAGUGGGCUUGGACUACAACUCAUCUGGCUAUAAUGCAGCUUGUCUGUUUGGCCACACAUUUUUAAUCUUGACUCUUGCAUGCAGUUUAUAGCACCUUGUUCAUAAGAAAUUGCAGUUUAUUCUUAGAAAUAUAUAUUUUAGGUUUUUUAAUCUUUAUACCCAUAAAUGGACUAUUUUUUUGUCUUGGCUGGUUUAAAAAGUGACCAUUUUGUUUAAAUGCUGUAAUUGCAAAUGUGUUGUAAACAUUGUUUUGUUCUAUAGUUUACACAAAGGUGCCAAAGUAAAUAGUUAAUAAAAAAAAAAAAAAAGCAAAUUGUUAAGUUGCUUUAGCUGUGGUUCAUAUUUUGGUCUCUGCUCUUUUUUUUUUUUUUUUUCAGUUAGUCUUGUUUUUUUCUAAACAUAUCAUUUGCCCUAAUGCUUUCUUAAAAAAAAAAAAAAAUGCAUCUGAAGAAAUGUUCAAAUACCACUUUGUUUUUAGUGAUUUCGUAUAGUAGGAAGAAUAUUUUCUUUGAAAAGUUACACUAAAAUUGUAAGAGUACAGCAGCAUUCAAAAAUGUAAUAUACUUUUUGUAUAAGAAUCCUUCAGAGUAUGUCUGGAGUAGGGGGGGAACCAACCCUGUUACUUUUCAGAAGCCUCUUCACUCGGCUACCAGAAUAUAAAAUUGUGCUUUUUCACUGCAUCAAAAAGUUAUAGUUUAUGCAGACUUGCAAACAGGGCAUGUGUCACCAUUGCAUCCUUUGAUGCAAAAAGCAAAACCUUUUUAAUGUUUCAUAACAAGUCUGAUAUGGGUACAGAGAGUCUUUCUUAAGUUGGUAAAUAAUGUAAAUACAUGUCCUUUCAAAGAGUGAGUCUGUUAUCUAGGUAUUUUGUGUCAUUUAAUAAAUAUUAAACAGUUUUGUGUUGAUAAA